AUGCGUUCCAAGUUCAAAGACGAGCAUCCAUUCGAAAAGCGUAAGGCCGAAGCAGAGCGAAUUCGACAGAAAUAUCCCGAUCGUAUUCCUGUGAUUUGUGAAAAGGUGGAAAAGAGCGAUAUCCCUACAAUUGAUAAGAAGAAGUAUCUGGUGCCUGCAGACUUGACAGUGGGUCAAUUUGUCUAUGUGAUCAGAAAGAGAAUCAAGUUGAGUCCAGAGAAGGCUAUCUUUAUCUUUGUGAAUGAAAUCUUGCCACCUACUGCGGCUUUAAUGAGUGCUAUCUAUGAAGAACACAAGGAUGAAGACGGUUUCUUAUAUAUCACGUAA